AUGGACAGUCAAAAUUUAAAGAGGAAACGAGAGCGUACUUUUGAGUACGCGGAGAAGUCAAUUCUCUUGGACUUAGUAACUGAGCACUUCAAUAUUAUUGAAUGCAAGAAGACGGAUGGGGUGAGUGUGAAAUUAAAAAACGCUGAAUGGCAAAAAAAUGCUGAGAAAUUCACCGCGACAUCAUCAACUUACCCAAGAGACUCCCAUAGCUUGAAAAUGCUUUGGGAAAAUCUUAAGCGGAAGGCGAAGGCGGCAUCAGCUAUGCAAGCAGAUAAUAAUUACGGCACAGGAGGAGGAAAAGCGAGGAAAGUAGUAGCUGAUCCAAUAGUAGACAUGGUUGUGGGGCUUAUUCGGCCACAUGUCGAACCCUUUCAUAAUAUAUAUGACGACAAUUAUGAAGAGGGUAUGAGCAACAUCACCACUGAUACUAAUGAGUUUGAAGAAAUUAUUGUAAAAGAUGUGUUAUGCCCUGAGGAUAUCAACAAUGAUUUAGAAGAUGAGGACAUUUCAUUGCAAAAUAAUUGGUCUCAAUACAAUCCUGCCAUGAUGAAGACUCAGAUAUCGGCUGCUCUUCGCCAGCCUCCAAAAGCAUCCCUACCAAUACCCUCCACUUCAAAAAUGUCAACUAAUAUAACUAAUGCUAAUAUGUCAAAGGACAUUCAGCCCAUAACUGUAUUAACUCCCCCAAAAAAUGUAGAUGGCAAAAAAGGAGUGUCACGAAGAAGACCAACUCUGAACACCACAUUAGCUUCAGAAACAUUUUUGGAAGCCAAAAAAUUAUCUCUUGAUGCAAUGAGUAGGGAUGCUGGAGAAGAGCACAAAGUGCAGAUGAAAAUCUUAAAAUUAAAGUUACUACAAGAGGGAGAAAAAUUAAAACAAGAAAAAAUGAAGACUGAAAUACUGAAACUCCAGAUCCAGCGUGAGACUGGAACAGAAUGGGUAUUUGACAGAAAUAAUGAGACUGAUAACAUAGACUGA